AUGCCGGAGAACCAUUUCGACCUUUACUUCCUUGGCUUUGAUGUCAAGGGGCAAUCCUAUUCAGCUGGGAAGAUACGAUCUGAUCGCCAAGGUCUUCUAGAGUUGACUCACAACUACGGAACGGAGCUCGAUGAGGGUUACACGAUUUCCAAUGGCAACCAAGAGCCAAAUCUGGGACUCGAACAUCUUGGGAUUACAGUGGUAACCUCUUCGGCUGCCGAACCCAGCAACUUUUCCGCCGGUGUCGAAAACAGGUGCUUCAACUCAACAGGACUGCGCAUCAAGGAUCCGACUGUAUCUCUGCCGUGGUACACAGACAUUCUUGGUAUGAGCCUUCUCCUACGAUCCGAUAAACAAGGUCAAACCACGUACUGGCUGGGCUACCUCGAUGGUGGCCCCAGUCGCAGUGUUCACCAGAGAGAAGGGCUUGUGAAGCUCAUAUGGACUCAUGGUUCCGAGUUGGAGUUAGGCAAGGUAUAUCACAAUGGGAAUGAUCAGCCGCAGGGGUUUGGCCAUCUCGCACUGGCGGUCGACGACAUUACGGCCGCGUGCGAAUAUCUCGAAAGUAGAAAGGUGAAAUGGAAGAAGCGCCUAACGGAUGGAAAACUCAAGUCAAUUGCCUUCAUCAUCGAUCCGGAUGAAUAUUGGAUUGAGAUCAUUCAGAAUGUGAGGAUCAAGGAGCGCUGGGCAUUCAGUAAAUUGAGACGGUUGAACGCUUCGGAAGAAUAUAUAACUCUGAUUUCUAGAAGGAUGGCGCUUAAAUGA